CUCUUCUUACACAUUCCCCGCCGUCAUACAAAGCCUCAUCUGCUUGUGUAUCCCUCUGCCUCUCCUUCAGCCUUCUCUUGCCCAAAAGUUUCUGACAACCGGGAAUUUAAAUAAGGUGAUCUGUGCUUCUUCUUAUUUGAAGGAUAAGUAAUAUUUUGAGACGAUAAAAUGGUACGACCAUACCCUAUAAAAGGGAGGAAACGGAAGAAUAGAGAAGCGAAAUAUGAUCAAGAAGAACAAGAACAUGAAGAACAAGUAGUAGAAGUUGAAGAGAAAGAAUCAGCGAAGCGAGCUUCUAUUGAAAAUCCAACAAAGGAAGUUGAAGGUGAAGAAGAGGAAGAAGGCAGAACUGGAACAGAUGAACUUGUGGGAAUCCCAAUUGUGCCCAGUGAUAAAACGACAAACAAAGAUGGGGUCAUUUUUGUUCUUGAGAAGGCUUCCUUGGAAGUUGCUAAAGUUGGAAAGAGUUUCCAACUCUUAAACUCGGAUGAUCAUGCCAACUUCUUGCGGAAAAAUAACAAGAAUCCUGCUGAUUACAGGCCUGACAUAACACAUCAGGCUCUUCUCUCAAUUUUAGAUAGCCCAGUCAAUAAGGCUGGGAGAUUGCAAGCUGUGUAUGUAAGAACCGAGAAAGGUGUACUUUUUGAAGUUAAACCUCAUGUUCGGAUUCCGAGAACAUAUAAGCGGUUCUCUGGAAUAAUGUUGCAGUUGCUACAAAAACUGAAUAUAACUGCGGUUGGCAAGCGUGAGAAACUUUUACGGGUGAUAAAGAAUCCUGUAACCAAUUAUUUUCCGGUGAAUUCUCGCAAAAUAGGUUUCUCAUAUAGCUCAGAGAAAUUGGUUAAAAUGAGUAAAUACGUGGAUGCUGCUGGUGAUGAUGUGAAUCUUGUCUUUGUCGUGGGUGCAAUGGCCCAUGGGAAAAUAGAGACAGAUUAUAUAGACGAUUUUAUUGCUAUUUCUGGUUAUCCACUAAGUGCUGCAAUGUGCAUUGCAAGGAUUACUGAAGCUUUGGCCAACAAGUGGAAUAUAUUGUAACCCUUAUGAUCUCUGUGUCAAUGAAGUUGAUUUUAGGAUAUAUAUAUCAGUGCUGUACUUUUAUUUCAUGUUAUAAAUGUACUUUUUGAGGGAAUGUGCAUUUUUUUCUUUAGGUAAUAUGAUGUAGGCGGCAGAAAACCCUUUUUGUGAACAAG